AUGGAACAAUCGAAAGAAUUAUUGAAACGGGGUCUUUUUCGUAAGCAUGAAGAAGGUCAAUCCCAAGUUCUAUCGGCAGCCUUAGAGAUUGCAGAGGAGGAAAGUGUUGAAACUAAUUCGAGAUUUCGGGCUCUGGUGGCCUGGGAAGUCUGCUUUACCCAUUGUCUUCAAUCUGCGAUUUUUGUUCCCCUUUUUUCUUCCUUGAAGAGAUCGAACCUAAGCAUACGAACUGAAGAAGCUCCUGAGAGUGUUGGUGAGACGCAUGAGUACCAAGGUCAGAGAAAUUCACACUUCGUGAAUACAGAGAUAUUACAUCCAACAUGGGCUUGCCGGGUUCAGUAUAUCCAACACGGAUUUGUGAGAGAGACUGUUGCUCAUAGCAGCAACAUUUCUGGUGGAGGCACAGCUAAAGUUGAAUGA